GAGAGAUCCGAGCCAAUCUUUGAUCAAAACAUGGGGGAAUGCGAAAAGUAUUAGGGGAGCACAACGCGUAGACAUUGUAAGCAGCCACGGCGUCCGUGUCGCGAAUGCAACCUGAUGCUAUUCCUAGCAGGCGUAACAGUAACAGCGAAGGAGUGAGCAAUUCGGAGACCGUAUUAUCUCAGCCUCGGCGUAUUGCAGAGUGAGCAUUGCAUACGACAUCACAUCAUAUCAUACCCCGACAGUGCAACCAAUACAUUCAUCACAGCAACAAAAGCCACAAUUUGGUUUCGCAUACCAUUUCUGCCAUUUACGCCGGAUAUCUCGAGAUGAGUGAGAUUAGCAGCGACAUAUCAUAUUUCAGCGUGCACGACGUCAUAUUGAUCUCUUUCUGGAUAUUUCCCACGACGCGGGUUUGGAAUCGCGAUCCUGGGGUAAACCAGAAGGGAUCUGUCCAGGUUUUGAACGAAAGAGGUAACCUGUUGCGCUGAGUCGUGGCGUAGGCGGCGCUCCCACGUUGUGGCGUACGUAUACCUUCAUAUGUACACUUCAUACCUCGGUGACAUGCUUCGUCUUGCAGGUUCCUUGGUAGUGAAAUGACUGACUCGGUUGUUCAAUAGUUGCUUUCUUCGAGGUUGCAUCAAAUUCAGGAAUCUCAAAUCAGCUGCGUCAGGAUCAUUGUUGCUGUGGCCGGAAACAAACAAUGGAUGUCUCAACGUCUGCAGCGAGAGAGUCAGAGACAAUAACACGCCAAAACCUGUUAUCAUCUGCGACAAGUCUCAGCCAAAACCAGAAAUCGUAGACAUGUUUAAUUGAUUUCAUUAAUCAAUUACGAUUCAGUUUUGAAACUAUUGACCGUCGAGGAACUCACUGACCAACAGUGCAUACUCACCCUGACGGUCAUUCCGUGGGUGAUGCAUUAUCAUGAUGAAUGAAACGUCAAAGCUGUCAAUCGCGUGGCAGACUUGGCUCUCAGACUCUCGAAAUGGAAGCCCUACACGAGUCGCUCGCCCACGUUGCUUCGAUAGUGACACCGACAAUGACAGCGUCGGUGUCAGUCUCGGUGACCUUUCCCUUUUCCUUAGGAAUUUCCGACAUUACACGCCCCCUCCUCCCAUUCGCCCGUUACCUCGACUCUACCUAAAAGGGGGAAUUUCCGGGACCAUUAUCGCUUCUUCCCCAGCUCCGGGCAACUCUACUCGUUUUCCCGCAAGCCACAUUUUUCUCGAUCGGAUUCUAACCGUGGACCUUUGCCGGAAUUGGCCCGAGGUCUAUCAAGAGAGAUUGGGAUGACCUCCUCGCUCGCUACUCUCCCCGCGGCACCGCAAUCGCAACCGCAACCGCAAACACGUGGAAAUUGCGGAAGCUAACUAUAGCUAAGAACUGAACCAAGAUCCGGGAGGCGUUUGCCCCAAACCCGAGGUAGCACGGGACGAAGUCCGAGGUUGGAAUAUUUUGAGUUUGGACGUUUCGAAUGAUUCAGGAGCUGCACCCUGAAGGAUGCAUAGAAUUUUUCUUCAGGACAGAUACUCACUGACACUGACGCUUGCAAUGAUUUCAUGACACAUGCUUCUACAUUGUGGCUGUCCUUCCACGGCCCUUCUACCGAUGCUUCUAGUGUCCACAACUGCAUCUUCACCACCACAACUUUAUGCUCCAGGCCCGAAGUAGAAGGUGGACAGCAUGUCAGGGUGGCUUCCAAGAAAGAAAAAGGAAGUUCUGGAAAGAAUUGAUAGAAGCCCCUCCGAUAAGACUCCAGUCUCCAUCUCCCUCUCGGCUCUACUUACUCCGUAGCAUCACUGACUAACAGCCCCCAUAUUAAAGGGGGUUCUUUACGUUAUGAGCGACUCGUGAAUGGGGUCAAUGCAAUGCCUGUCGGGAGCAACUCAGACAUGGCAAGCCUUGGCUUGGCUUCACUAUUUGGUGAGAGGAGAACCGCCGGUUCGGGUCGGGGGACCAGGGCUUCUCACAAGCGGUAGACUUCAGGGGGGGUUAUGGACGCCUCAAUCCUAUCGCGGCAACGGUAAAGGAAGAAAAGGCUGGUUAAGCCGCCAGGCCAGCGGUUUAAUUCUAAUUAACAGGCCCUCGGAAGGUGGGAAUGGUAUUCCGUCCCAUGCCGUCCAUUCGCUUGGGGGGAGCUAGGAAUGGCAGUCCGCCGUCCGGAGCUGGGGUUUUGAUUUGAGAUGAAUCGUCAAAGCAACGCCAGGCAGGGCAAGGCAAAGCAAACAACAAAGUUUCAAAUGCAGCAGCAGGCCGUGUCCGUGGUGUCGGAUACUUGCUUUUGGACAUGGGUUCUGAGUCGGUUAUGUCACAAGGAAUUGUGAUAUAAUGCAGGAGAAUGGUAUUCCGUGCGCCGGAUAAAGUCGCAAGCGAAACCGUGUAAACGGGUCAAAACACUGGACUCUUGCUAGACCAAACAAUUCUUCAAAGAGGCUGCCGUACGAGAAGGGCUAGUCUUUCGUUAGUUAAGCAUGCGAGACCAGUAAAGCAUAUCGCGAUGCAGACUCGGAAACCGAUACAGUGUUAUUAGAGUGUCUGAUCCAGCCUUCGAUAAGCUUUUACUUAGCCUUGGCACAGUAACUUCCUGAUUG